AUGGCGUCUACAACCCAAGCACUCGACCAUCUCAUUCUGUUCCUACCCGUGGAUCCUGCCACUAAGCUGCCAGACUUGCCGCAGUACUUCAAAGACAACUUCACGCUCACACCUGGCGGCUUCCAUGCAGAUGGCGCCACCUCCAACACAUUGAUACUCUUAGCAGAUGGCUGCUACAUCGAGCUGAUCAGCUUUGUGAACACGGACCUGGCCCCUGCCCACUGGUGGGGACCAGAUGCCGCCUUCGUCGGCUGGAAAGACUGGUGUCUGACCAACAACGACAGUCCUGACGACAACUACAAAAAAGUUUCAGCAACGCAUGCACAGCCUUAUCAAGGUGGUAGAAAGCGGGCUGACGGGAUCGAUGUAAAGUGGUCCCUUCUCUUCCCGCAGGGCGAAAAAGGAGGACAGGAUGUGCGUGGUCGUAUCCCAUUCUUUUGUUACGACAUCACCCCUCGCAAUGUCCGUGUGCCUAUUGAUGACUCGAAAAUAUCACAUUCAUGCGGCGCCCUGGGUGUACGAGAGCUCACCGUGAUCGUCAAGAGUCAAGCUCUCUUGGACGAAACAAGACGUGUAUAUUCAUCAUUACUGGGCGACCAUGGCGAGGAAGAAGGGAAUGGAGUCUCAUUCCAUGUUGGACGCGUUCAUCAGGUUGGUGGACUUGCUAGCGGAGCGAAGAUCAUACUGAGAUUGCCUACAAAUGAAAACGAGGCGGCGCAGACGGAGAAGGCAGGUUUUGUGUACGGCAACGUCGUUGUCGGAGCGAAAGCCAGUCCAGAAAAACCGCAGGGAUCUAGGGUACGACUUGAUGGCGGAGAGAGAGGAACUGAUGUUGGUGGUUUGUGGAUUGAAUAUAUUUCAUCCACGUUCUGUGCUCCAAAUUCUAGCGAGUUACUCUUAAGGCAUCCCACACCCAGUUCCGUACUCGGGCCAGACCGGAGCGAGACUUUGUAUUCCCGACCCGCCAAGAAGAAGGCGCAAAGAAAGACUCAAGUCACACGAGACUACAAAGAGUCAUCUUGCCAUCUCAUAAGCACCCUUUUUCGUAUUCCCAACAAUGUCCCAAGUCACGGUCCCCAUGCACCAAACCCAACUUGCACAAUGAAAGCAAUACUCGCAACUUCAGCCCUCGUAGCCUGCGCGGCAACUGGCCUCUAUCACCUCCGUCAGAUCCAAGUUGCCGUUCGAAAUAUCCCAAUAGAUCAAAUCGUUCGCACUGCAUCGAUUCCAGAGUCGUUGGAUCAAGGGUCAGCGGUAGCGAUUGUGAAUCCGAAUCGACACAUUCCGAUUCACGACUCACGACACAUUACCGUGGAAAUCUCCAACACAUUAAAGCAUGAAGAAAUCCUCGCCCGAUUCGUCAGAGGAUUCUUCGGUGGUCGCGUAUUUGCUCCUGAAAGGAGUAUUCUGAGAGCCAUGGGGACGGAGAUCUUGGACUUUAGCGCUAUAAAAGACGUCCCAGUCUCGUCAUACAUCUGGUCUACUUCGCAACUGUCGAAUCGAACAUUACCGCCAGUUCACGCGCUUUUGUUCGGUGCAUUUCGGGUCGUUGAUUGCAAUUUGGCGGCUGUUGAGAGUCAUGUCGAUUUCGCGUUUGGGUCAGACGGCGGCGCUAUUGCAGGCGUGCAUCGCUUCUUUGUGGCAGAUGUUUCACGCGAUCAAGGCAAGGUGCAGACUGGGACUCGGACUGUUACGAUCGGGUUUGCACAUUCUGGAUGUAAUCCGAGGGAGAAUAAGCCAUUGAGUCCGGAGGUGUUGCAGACGUUGCAUCUGUGGUAUGCGAUGUUGCUGUUCAGAGAAGGGGUGGCGGAAGUGAUGAAGGGUUCGUAG